AACAUCCACUCCUACUACACACUCCUUACCGGCCACAUUUUCCUAUCUAUCCUUUCGAAACCGAUUCGCGGGCGGCAUCUAUCAUCAACUUCUGCCUACCAAAUUGGACUGUUAAAAAAAAGAAUUCGACCUUCUAGCAGUAUCAGACGUAUUACGAAACACAGUCCCCAAAGACAUUCGAUUCUAAGCCUUCAAAAAGACCGAUAUCUUCACUUUCCUUCCUGCCUCCCUAGUCAUGGCGCCAUCACUCAACACACACGGGUCUUUCGUGCGACCACGGACUGGAGACCGUGAUGGCCGUCCAGCAACCCGCGACCAAAACGAUCAAAACCUGAUCAUCCCGAGCCGGACCUCGUCUUUGCAUUCGCGAAUCACACAACCAAUCCCAUCGUCACUGAACAAUGCUAAGCCGCUACAGCGGACACCCAAGACCCUCACCCACGCCUAUAUGGUCUGCGGUGUUGGACGAGAACCAUCACAAUGGGUAAAGGCAGCGCCACCGUCGCAGGGGAAGAUUGGACACAUGAAAUCAGCUGUCGGUCAGUUCUGGUUGCCAGAGAUUCUUGGAAGCAGUCCCAGAUUAGAGCAGGAUAAUGAGAUUGCGAGAUCUCUGCAUGCGGCAAUGAGAGCUUGUUUUCCACACGAUGUUGAAAUUUGCACAGGGCGAAGCCAGCCGCACUGCGUGCAUCACUCAUUUGUCCUGCAACAGGAUUCUUCUCACACUCUUUACGGGAUAGCUCUGCGGGUGUGGUCAAGAGCAGAUGAGAAGCGUGCCGAGACUAUCCGCGAUCUGCGAAAGAGGACCGAGCCUGAUUUCUAUGAUUCUCCGGAUGAGACGUAUUGGAUUCCAUACUGCUUGUCGUUCCUCUCCAGAUAUCCCCUCUAUGACCUGUUGGGAGACUACCUGAGGGGCAUGUGGAUCCACUGGAACAAGGCGACCAACCUGUUUCACGCGGAAGAGGUCUCCCGUAUCCUAAGCUUCCCUGCACCCAGACUGAACGACCUUGUCCGCAUCGACAUGAAGGAUUACGCUCUCUGCUACCAAUUCCCAUCAUCUCCAACUGGGUUCCAGAACUUUGCCAUGUGGCCAUUGUUCCAGUGUUUAUCCAUUCCAAACAUUGUUGGUGUGAUAGAGGCCGCUCUGUCACCAACUCGUCGCAUUAUUUUUGUCAGUCAUUACCCGGCUAUGCUUACCGUAGCGGCUGAAACCAUCCGAUACUGUGUGCGUGUUUAUGAGUGGAGUGGUCUUUACGUUCCAGUUGUGCAUGCUAGACAUGCCAAGGAACUCGUUCAGGAGCCCGGCCCAUACAUUCUGGGUAUCACUGCGGAGUGUCGGUCGCUCUUCACGGCACCACCCGACGCUCUGGUGGUGGAUCUGGAUCGCAAUUUCGUGUUGACAUCAAGCCCCCCGACUGCUUUGACUCCUGGUCAGAGGACAAAGAUGAUCAAUCGUAUGACCCAAGCGCUGAAUGGGGAUGUUACACCAUCCGGUGUCCCGCAACAUCUUCGAUCUGCGUAUGGGGGUGGGAAGCUGGUUCCCGCAGGCCAGAUCAUUGUGAUGCGGGGAGAGGUUGAGUCGAUUCAAGAUCCGGAGUGGUGGAACCAGGACGCUAUUAUGGCUGUCAUGGACCAUGUCUGCGAGAAGAUGGGUAGGAACACCGGCAUGAAAGCCGUUUUUGGCGGGGCUGUGAAGAAACCCCUGAUGACGAAGGUAUCGAUGAGACAUCUCAAUGAGAUUGUGCGAGAGCGCAAUCAAUACUCCAGGGAUGCUCUCGAAGCAUGGCAAGAUUUCAUUAACCUCAAAGGUCGUAUGGACACAGAGCUCGGCAAGGUCAAUAAGAGAAAUAACUUCCUCGUUGAGGAACUGGAGAGCUGGAAACAGCAGUUCCUCAAAUUCCAAUCGUUUGCCGAGCAACUUACCAAAGAGACUCAGGAUCUCAAGGUCAAGAUCGAGAACCACAAACGCGAGAACAGACGCCUCACGGGUCUCAUCGAUCAACAGAAGGAUGACGCGGCUCGUCUGGCUGCUCGCCUUGCUGGAACGGAGAAACAACGUGACGAUGCUCUCGAGGCUCUCGUACUCCAACAAGAGAUCGCCGAGGAGCUCGAGCGUGAACGGAAACGCAACAAGAAAGAACUUGCUGCUCUUCAACAUACUAACGUCACUAUUCUCCGCCAACGCGAUGAGGCUCAACGGGUUGUUCUUCACCUUCGUGCCUUAAUCACUGGACAAACUCACCACAUGGAGCAUAUUGUCCGGACACUCGGUCAGUCCCCAGAACUAGCCGAUUAUAUCGAGAGUGCUUAUGAGGAGGAAGGAGAAGACCUCGAAGACAUUGUCGAAGAAGAGAGGGGCGAAGAUUCCGGCGCGUAUGAUUCCCGUGCAUCAUCUCGGUUGUUCCGACACAGCAAGAACGGCGAUGACAACAACCCGGACAUGGAAACUCGUCUGGUCAACGGUAUUCGGAACAAUAAGCGAUUCAGUAACAUGAGUAUUGUAGACGUCGCCGACCGACAUCUUAGGGAUAAGACAGAUGCUAUUGCGCACAUUAUCCGGAACAUCAGCGAGCAGUGCGCCGCUGCGGUCGAGGGUCUCCAACUUGCUCACGAUGCGGAAGUUGAAGCCGAAGAGCUUGCGCUCCACGAGGCCCGGGGUGGGGGACAUCGUGAAAGUAACCUCUCAGUCCUCUCCGCUAACAGCGAUGAUGGGAAAGGAUCAGAGACUGGUGAUGAUAGCAUGCUCCACCCAGGUCGUGCGUCGAGUAUCCCUCCGACGCCAGACCUCAUCCACAACCGGUCGAGCACCUCGAUGUCGAUUUCCAGUGCGACAACAACCCCGGAGCGAAGCAGUCAGCAAUACAAUAUUGGAACAGACAUCCCAACGAAGAUCGUAGAGGAUAGCGAUGAGGAGAUUGAAGGGAGAAGCGAGGCCGAAGAAGUCCUCGACAAGAGCGGCCUGAUCCACCGACCUGCUGGUGCCCGGAUCAGCGCGCUGGGUGGCCCUUAGACGUUACGGCGAUGGAAAGCGUGUGCAGUAUUUGAUAUUUCUCAGGCGGCGUUCACAGGCGGUUCUUUCUGGAUGUCAGAUUUGAUCUUUCUUUGCGAGUCUACAUUUACAUUUCUUGAUCCCGCGUGGAAGAGGCAGGAGAGGAAAUACCGGGCUGUUUAAUAC